AGACCACUGCAAGGUAAACUUUUAGAUCAUCGGACCCAUACUUUCGGUCCGCUCUGAAUCCCGGCUGAUUGGACCAUGCGGGCAGGUGGGGGAAUUAUUACAGUGCCCGAAGUUUUUCCUUCCCUGUACAGUACCUAGGUACCUAGGUACAUAGAGUUUCCUUUUUCAUAUUUCAUAUUCCCAAAUGUACCUAGGUACCUUUCUACUCUUCACUCUUCACAACUCGACCCUUAUCACCAACAACAUUCUCCGCGUUGUUCAUUUCUUACAUCAUAAUUGAUGGAAUUGACACCUCUGAAAGUCCGCGGUAAAGGACGCCGUCUUGAUGCGCCCACCGCAGCGCCUCGACGCAAAAGACGUAAAAUCAAGCCAAAAAACCUACUAGAAUCUCGUAUGGAGAAGGCGUCGUGGCUCGAGAAAGUCCCCUUGGAAAUAAUGGAACAAAUAUUUUGGCUGUCCGGAAACGUCAACUUGCCCCGUUCUAGCCCUCUCAUCGGAAAACUACUUUCUGGAAAGUCUACUCUACGUGAGACUCUCAUCAGUGCCUUCGACCCUUCCUGGGAUUGGUAUUUUGGAGUUACUGGGAUAAUGGAUUACAACGACAUCCUCCUUGAUAUUGGUGACCCCGAGUUUCAGUCUAGUCUUCUGGAAUGCCCAUGGGCUGAUAUCUCUUUCAUUCUUGAAUGCUGGGAUCUUUGGGUCCGACGACGUGCGAAAAAGCCUUUCCGCCUCAAACAUAUUAGGCCGUGGGGUGAUCCAGAUAAUAUCUGGAACGUCAUGGGAGAAGAUGAGCAUUUGCUCGUCGACCCACAAAAAGCGAGCCAUUGUUUUUAUCAUGAUUAUGCUGCAUUCCGGCAAAUCGAAGAACUCAACAAGGAGACUCUUUCCCAUUUUGGAGAUGAGCCGAGGGGUGAGAGAUUCAGACAAUUGCACUCGGAUACCCGAAUACCGGAUUCCUUAUUUAUGUCGCCUUUAGAUGGCGAUGCGCUCCAGAAAUUCUUCUGGUUGGUUCGAGCUGGGGUUCAUUUGUCCUCUGAACAGACUUGGGAAGUCACUCUGCAGGCCUUCCGUCAUGCCGUGCCGCAGGAAUCCCCUCGCCCCGGUCAGCUCAAUUUGACAGUAGUUAGGCUACUCGAUGCUCUAAUGGCCUUCGUUAAGUGGCCAGAGCACAUUCUUGAUGCCGAAAUUGAAAGAAUCGACUCCCUUAGGUCUCUCACAGAGGAUGCUAAGGAAGCCAACCCUCCGUCGGCAUUGACACGUGAAGCGUUCGGUUACAAUUACAUCCACAAGAGGUUAAUUAGAGCACGCCAAUCUGACGGAAACGAAUACUUUUAACGCCCAAGAGGAAAAAAGGCAAGAGUAGGAUCCAGCAAUGUAUUCAACAAUUCCUUACACUCAAGGAAUCCCGGAUUGCGCAUUGGGUCUGGCUUCGCAGGAUGAUUCCAAGGGUUGAACAAUGUUAUACCAAGACCUUUAAAUAUGCACGAUGCGGUUCAGCGGCUAAUGGUUUCGGCCGAAAUUCCCACCUUGGUGAAAUCUACCACGUAUACU